CUAGCAGCUCCAUGUUUAAUAGCUGGAGCUUUUUUAUUUUUGGGUGCUGACAUUCUCGCUUGCCCUUUCUGUGUCCCAUAGUGUGUGUGUGUGUUUAUGUGUGUGACCGGCUUUUAGCCUUAGCCGUCGUUUCGUUUGCUAGACAGGCGGAGAGCAUCGAGUCAAACCAUGAAGUGACUGGAGGAUAACAGCUGAUAUAUAAGCUAAUAUAUCACACUACUGCAGUGACUGAGGAGGUUGUAACCCGGUUGUUGAUUGGGUAAUCUGUGAAGUCAUCAUCAUGACCAAAGAGGAUGAAAUUCCAGACUGGGUUGGAGCGCAGGAGUUCUAUGACAAAUAUGAUCCGAAGGAUAUACUCGGAAGGGGGGUGAGCAGCGUGGUCCGGCGCUGCAUUAAUAAGCGCACCACGCAGGAGUAUGCAGUCAAGAUCAUAGACAUCACCCCGUCUGAUAAAAUGACGCCUGCAGAGAUAGAGGAGAUCAGAGUGGCCACCCUGAAGGAGAUUAACAUCCUCAAGAAAGUGUGCGGACAUGAAAACAUCAUUCAGCUGAAGGACUGCUAUGAGACGAAAGCCUUCUUCUUCCUGGUCUUUGACUUGAUGAAGAGAGGAGAACUUUUUGAUUACCUCACAGAAAAGGUCACACUAAGUGAGAAAGAGGCCAGAAAGAUCAUGCGUGCUCUGCUGGAAGUUGUCCAGUACCUCCACUCCCAGAACAUUGUCCACAGAGACCUGAAGCCAGAGAACAUCCUUUUGGAUGACAACAUGAACAUCAAACUGACAGAUUUUGGCUUCUCUGUCCAGAUUGCACCCGGACAAAAGCUCAACGAGGUGUGCGGAACCCCAGGUUAUUUAGCUCCAGAGAUCAUUGAGUGCUCUAUGGAUCCUCAUCACCCGGGAUAUGGCACUGCAGUGGAUAUCUGGAGCGCUGGAGUGAUCAUGUACACCCUGCUGGCUGGAUCUCCACCUUUCUGGCACAGGAAGCAGAUGCUAAUGUUACGAAUGAUCCUGGCUGGGAAUUAUCAGUUCACAUCUCCAGAGUGGGAUGACCGCUCGGACACUGUCAAAGACCUGAUUUCUAGGAUGUUGGUGGUGAAUGCAGAGCAGCGGUACACCGCCACCGAUGCCUUAAACCAUCCAUUCUUCCAGCAGUACGUGGUUGCAGAGGUGCGGCAUUUCAGCCCAUACAAGAAAUUUAAGGUCAUUUCUUUGACAGUCCUGGCAUCAAUGCGCAUUUACUGCAACUACCGUCGUGCCAAGCCCGUUACCAAGGAGGUGAUCAAAAGCGAUCCUUACGCUGUGAAACCCAUUCGCAAGCUCAUAGAUGCCUGCGCCUUCAAGAUCUAUGGACACUGGGUCAAAAAGGGCCAGACACAGAACAGAGCGGCCCUGUUUGAGAACACUCCAAAAGCCAUCCUGCUCUCCAUCGCUGCCGAGGCAGACGAUUCAUCACUCCGGACUUGGUAGAGGACUCCAAACUUACUGAAACUAAUGAAAAAGGGAAAACAUGAGCGGGGUGGAAACAUCUCCACUUCAGUGAAGACAGCUUGACUUGAGCUAAUGUACAAAUAUUCAAUUUGUAUUUGUACAGAGGUUUUGCAUUUUGUCAACCCCAGAAUAAGAGUGCAUCCUUUUUAAACAGCUAUGUUAAUACCUUACUUUUUUACUUUUUAUUUUGCAGGUGGGAAAUGUGCAAAUAUUAUUUUUAUUAUUUAUUUGACAGUAAACUGAGAGAUCUUAACUCCAGACCUUUGGUGUCCAAUAGAAAAAUGGACUAAAGUAAAUUUAAAAAUGUGUAAAAAGUAAAAAUCUUAAAUAACAUAAUAAAAAAUCUUCUUAUACUUUGCCAAACAAUAAAAAAGUAGCAGUUAGUACAGCUGGAGCAUUACAUUAUCUUGGAUAUCUGGAUGUUUUUAACAUACUCUGUAUAUCUAUUUUCCACAGAGACGAUAUUGAGGAUUCUAGAACAUUAGAAUGUUAUAGAAAUUGGAUUGGUUGGCCAUGUUUAAAGCUGUUGUAAAAUAUUAGUAUUGUACACACACAGAAUGCACGCAUCAGUGAAAUUCUGGAUUAAUGCAACAGUAUACUGUAACCCUCUGUGCUGUUCAUGAAACAUAUACAUUAUUUAUUGUUAUUCAAUAAAUAAUAUUAAUAAAUAAAAUAAUUUAUUAACCUGUAA